AGGACCUUUCCAGCUCUGACAAUUUAUGACUAAGUUACCUGACGCCCAUGACCCAUGGCUCAUGUACUCUACUCUAUCCCUCUCCCCAUCCCUCCCCCUAGCUGUUUGAGUAAGCCUGCCCCUCUAAAGUCUAGACCCAGACCAGACUGUCUGCCUGUCCUGCCCUCUCUUCACCUUCUCUGUUUCAGCCCAGCAAAUAGAGUGGGGAGGGGGAGGGAGAAGAAGCAAAAUUAGGGUGGAGCCAGUCCUGGAUAAAUACUCUCAUGGCUAGUCUUGGAGUCUGAGUCUCUGCUGCUAAUACCAAAGCCACCAGUCUGAACCCACUCUCCGGUCAUCCGGAUAACAUCUUUGCCAUGUCUUAUCUUCGACCCCUCCUGCUCUUAGCACUGCUGGUUCUGGGGACCCAGAUUUCUUACGCUCAACAUUGGUCCCAUGGCUGGUAUCCUGGGGGGAAGAGAGCUUUAGAUGGAAGCCCAAGCCUAGAGGCCUCAGAAGAAGCGAAGUCGUGGGAUGGUGGUGAGAGGUCUCUGCUAAAGAUGCUGCUGGCUGAUAUUCUGACCCAGCAACAACAGAAGAAGUGACCCAGCCCACCAUCCUUCCCCAGGAUGUCAGCAGAUAUCUCACCCUCAGCUACUGGGGGUUCCCAAAAUCCUUUCCUUGUUUGUUAUCAUUAUUAAUGUCUAUACUCUCUUCCUAUAAGUCCCUAAGGAUAAGGGGGUUUGCCAGGUCAAACUUUGUAGCCCCCGA